GCAACCAGAGAGAAGUCAUGAUGAAGACCUCUCAGUGCCAAACCAUAGUCUCUCAGAGCGGCAGCGCGAGCUACAUGAGCAGCCUCAGCACCAGCGCAAUGAACCCGCUCAGCAGCACGAGCCUCACCCUCCUUGUUCUCCUCAUCUCAGCAUUACCCGUCUGCAAAAGUGUUCCAAUACAACAGCAGAGAGCAACGAUAGACCAGGACCAGCUUCUCAACCAGCUAGAAGAUGUGUGCUCAUCCUACCUUUCUGCAGACCUGCCAUUUCAGACACCUGAUGUUUUGGGAGAACUCUGUGUGUUGAUGCUUGUACAGAAGUCUAAGGACUUGAAAGCGCGGGACAAUCCUAGUAAAAGGUCCCCUGUGAUGCACCCUCUCCUGCAGCUUGUUCCUCAACUUCAUACCAGAGGAGAAAGAGGAGAGGAGUUUGUGGUGCGCUGUGACGCCCUAUUAUGA